UCGCAUCUACAACAAAAAACGCGCGAAGGUUUGCGCAGAAAACGCAAAACACCGCCGCGACAACAUCCUGGAGCAGCGGACCGCAUCAUACACAGCACAGUAAACAAACGAAAGAUAAUUGCACAACAUGCUCUGCGAGGAUCAGCACAUGUCCGUGGAGAACACACCGCAGAAAGGCUCCGGCAGCCUGAAUUCCUCAGCAUCCUCCAUUUCGAUCGAUGUGAAGCCCACCAUGCAGAGCUGGGCCCAGGAGGUCCGCGCGGAGUUUGGCCACAGUGACGAGGCCUCCAGUUCCUUGAAUAGCAGCGCUGCCAGCUGCGGUUCCUUGGCCAAAAAGGAGACAGCCGACGGUAAUCUGGAGUCCAAAGAUGGCGAGGGCCGGGAGAUGGCAUUUGAGUUCCUGGAUGGCGUCAACGAGGUAAAGUUCGAGCGCCUGGUCAAGGAGGAGAAGCUAAAAACGCCCUACAAGCGCCGACACUCGUUCACGCCGCCCAGCAACGAGAACAGUCGCUCCAACAGUCCAAACAGCAGCAACUCCUCGGCCAACGGAGAUGCAGCUGCGCCCAAAGGCGGCAACAAUCCCCAUUCGAGGAACUCAAAAAAGUCUGGCAACUUCCGCGCCCACAAGGAGGAGAAACGGGUGCGCCACAACAGCUACACGUCCUCCACCUCAUCGUCAUCCUCCUACACCGAAGCCGAUCCCGCCAUCCUAAGUCGCAGGCAGAAGCAAAUAGAUUACGGAAAGAAUACUGCCGCCUACGAGCGCUAUGUGGAAAUGGUGCCAAAGGACGAGCGGACUCGCGAUCAUCCGCGCACCCCGAACAAGUAUGGAAAGUACAGCCGCCGCGCCUUCGAUGGGCUCGUGAAGAUCUGGCGCAAAAGCCUCCACAUCUAUGAUCCACCUACACAAGCGCGCGACACGGCCAAGGACAGUAAUUCCGACUCGGAUUCUGACUAGGAUCGAAUCUUGUUACCGGGCCGGGCUAUGUUUUUCAAAUAUCGGGGGUUUAACUACUAAUUUUUAUUUCAAGUACAAAGUUAAAACUAUGAAUCAAACACGCAUCUUCGAGUCACAAGGCCGUGUACGGGGAAUUGUUACGCAGAUGUUUUGUUGAAUAAAAUGGCGUCUUAC